AUGGCUCCGGCAGCAAUCAUUGCGCCCUCUAUCCUCAGCGCGGACUUUGGCGCUCUAGGCAAGGCAUGCUCAGACACGAUUGAGCAAGGCGCGGAUUGGCUGCAUGUUGAUAUUAUGGAUGGGCACUUUGUGCCAAAUAUGACCUUUGGUCCUCCCGUGGUGACCAUGAUCCGCUCGCACGUAGACCGACCAAAGGAAGCUUUCGGCAAGGGCACCUUUGACUGCCACAUGAUGAUUGCUGAGCCGAAGAAAUGGGUGAAAGAGUUCAAGAAAGCUGGUUGCGAUCUGUACUGCUUCCACUACGAGGCUGCUGUAUCUUCGACCUCAGCUGAGUCGCCGGAAGAGCACAACGACAGCAAGACCACUCCAAAAGAAAUGAUCAGGUUCAUUCACGAACAAGGCAUGAGGGCUGGUAUCGCGAUCAAGCCGAAGACCGGAGUCGAUGUGCUAUAUGACAUCUUGGACAACCCAAACAAGGAUGAAGUGCCCGACAUGGCGCUCGUGAUGACUGUGGAGCCCGGGUUUGGUGGCCAAAAGUUCAUGCACGACAUGAUGCCAAAGGUUGAGGCCCUCAGAAAGCGAUAUCCCAACCUGAACAUCGAAGUCGACGGUGGUCUCAGCGAGAAGACCAUUGACACAGCAGCGGACGCAGGCGCCAACGUGAUUGUGGCUGGCAGUGCAGUAUUCGGCGCAAAGGACCCCAGUCAAGUCAUCGAGGCGCUAAGGCAGGCAGUCGAGAAGCGUCGGUGA